AUGGCCUGGCGCGACCGCCUUGUCAUAUUGCUGUUCGGCCACACCAAGGCAUCCGCUGAGCGAGCGACGCGACGAUAUCUCGAAGACAUCAAUUCUGCUUCUUGCCUAAACCAUCUGGAUAAAGCACUUGAUCAACUGCUGGAUGGUAUCAAAGAUGUCGAGAAGAUCUUCUCAAACUAUGCAACGACCAAUCCCAGCGGCAAACGCGUGUGGAACAGAGACAGCUUUGCUAGAUACAUUAACGCCAGGCUACCUGAAAACCCAGCAGUGACUACUUGCGUACCACUACUCUGGUGCAUUUUCUCUACCGGGGCCUACUUUCCUUUCUCGGCACCGUCAAACGAACCAGAAAUCGAUGUCAAAGCGUUCAGGAGAGCAUUUGCAUUCAUUGUCUCACGCGGUUAUGAGCUUUUAGGAGCCAAUUCAAAUGGCCAGCCUUUUUCCACAAUCACAGAAAAGUUCUACAUAGACAAGGUGCCGCGACUCACACGUAUCGUCUUCAGGAGCUUGAGCACUCCUUGGCCGAAAUCAGGGACCCAGUCUCAGGAUCCGGAGGAAUCGCUCCAGCUUCAAGAUAUCAAAGAUACUAUUGCUUUUACGCAACCCAUUAUAAAUGAGAAUAUGCACCAUGGACGAGCUACAGUAGCCGAUGGGGAGUUUGAAGCCGCUGCAUAUCGCCUUCUACUUGCUGACCACAAGCGGUCGACAGUCAGAGGGUCAUCUAUUGCAGUAAGCAAAGCCGAUUUGCAGAUUUUAAUUCAGCUCUUCUUAUUGCAACGUGCAGAAGAUAGACGCUGGGGAGCUGGGCUGUCCUAUCACGACAUGUACCAACGCUCCGGAGACAUUAUGUUCUCUCGUCUCAUUCCCGGCCCGGACGAAGUAUCACGAGCUUCCGAAUUUGCAUCUGCCUUUUUAGCUUUUCAGUUUCCGGGUAGCGAUGAUUAUGUGACAUGGGAGCAGUUCAAAGCCUGUUGCUCGGAAUGUCCUUCAUUCAUCUUCUCUUUCUUCCAGCUCUGGGCUACCGUAUUUAUACUUACCACCGCACCGCAAGCUCCUCGUGCUGAGGGCAAGUCCACUCUUUUAAUCAGCACCACAAACAUUCUAUCCUUCCUGAAUGUUGCCCACUUCCUUAGUGGAAAACUGCCAAAUUACCGCUUUCAUCAAAAUGAGUCCCUAUUCCAGCUCGAUCUGCAAGCCUCCACUUUGGUGGCCAAUCUCGCCACGACGCCUGAGCUUAGUGUCGAGGAACUGCACAAGAUCAUAGCGGCGCAGGACUGGUUCCACGUGAUGCUUAUCCGAGGAGAGGAUCUGAAGGCCGAGGGAAAGAGCUCUAGUAGGCUCAUCGUAGCUUUCACGAGUCCGCCGGAGAAGGAGAUGUGGCGACCAGAGGGGAAGCGCUCGAUGCAAUACGUUUGGCGGACUUCUGUGGUUCAAUUGGAGCCAGAUCUUGCUGUGGCGGAUAGCGGAGGCAUGAGUGCGAGUGUGGUGGACAAAGUACUAGAAUUACGAUCCCACGGAGGGGCAGGGAAGGAAGACACAAGUAUGAAAGUCGAUUUGGCGGGGAAAAUAGUUAAUGUUAAGGGGCUCGGUACUGGGCUUGCGGAAAAUGCGGAAAAUAAGAAUGCGGUGGGAUCGUCUGAGGCUACGUCGACGUUCGUAAUGCGGCUGGCCAACUUGAAAUGUUAUCGUAUGCCUGGUAUGUCGUCGAAAAUUACCAGGUCGGGAUGA